GGGCAUUCAUACGCAGCACCUCGACAACGCCGCGAUGACAUCGAACCCGCUGCACACCGAUGAGACCGUCACGCUGCCCAUCUGUCGCUACUGCUGCUGCGUGGCACUCACGUGCCCCUGGCAAAGCACGCCUAAAGGAGAGGCGCGUCCACUCACUAGCGUCAACGAUCGCGACUGGAGCUCUCGAUUGCAAAGUAGCAGACGAAAGGAGCGCGGAAGCGACAUGGAUGUGCCAGCGCUGCGAGCGCAGUACCUGGGUGCCACAGAAAGUCAGCGCCGACGUACGCUCGUCGUCCUCCGGCAGACAGCUAACAGUCCACAGCUGAAGGACAGUUACAUUGUUAGUAUGGUACCUGUAAACCAUGAAGUGAGGAAACCUGAAGCUUUUGACGAUCAAAUACCAGUGAAAGAGAUUCAGCUGGAUCCACAGGACUACAAAACAUCCUGGCACACACACCUUGGCAUUUACCGUAAGGCUCAAGCUAAAAGUCAAAAGUUGUAUGAUGUCAGUAGCCUAUCAAAUGUGGAGAGAGACAUAGUUAACCAAGAGUCUAGUGCUGACAAAGACCUUUCUUCAGUCAGAGAGAUUUCCACCUCAGAUAAGCAACAGUUGGAUGAAACCACUGAUACUGAUGGAGAAAGAAAAUCAGAUGGACAUGAUAGCCCUGGGAAUUUUCCUGUAAGUGAUUUUGUUACAUUUGUGCCCAGGAAAUUUUCUGCUUCAGGAUCCCUUAGCAGACAGCUAAGCAUAGUGUCAUACAAGCCACCAGCAUCCUCUUCUAAACUGUGCUACUACCCUUUUCCACAAAGAAAAUGCCCUAAGAAAUCUGAAGCAGCUAGAAGACUUGGGCUGUAUGCGACAUAUUAGAAAUGUGCCAUUUUGUCCAAGAAUAAAAGGAAUGCUGUCUUGAAUGAGCUGAAGGAAGCAUCUGGUUUCAUGUCAUGUUUUUUUUCAAGCAUUAAAAAAUGAUAUUGUUGGCAACAUUUCAUAGGUAGUCAAUGCUUUAUGCUGUUAUCUAAGUGUGAAUUUCAAGAACAAGUAAUGUAUUGUUUGUUUUUUUUCUCCUGUGAAUUCCCUGAAAAUUGAAAGGUAAUCAGGGGUGAUGGAGUAGCCAGUGAGAAGCUCUAAUCAUGGUUCUUUGGAUUUUUCUCAAGGGAUAGUGGCUAAUGAUUAUGAACUUGUGAGAUAUAAGAAUACAAACUCGUAAUGUUUUUCUUUUGUAGAAAGUCAUGAGAAAUCUGUAAUUUCUAGCAAAUGUGAUGAUUCCUUUUAAAAUUUAUUCUAAACUACAAAAAAAAAAAAUAAAAUGUGAUAUAUGCUGGCAGACAAGGUCUGAUAACUGUUUUAUAACACAACUCUCAAAGUAUUAUUACAACCAUAUAACUUGCUGUAGUAUAAGCCAGUUCUCCAUUGUACUGUGUGGUUCCUGUAUCGUGUUCCCUUUUCAAAAAUAACACAAUGUGGCUACAUCUUUCAUCCAACAUGGUGAACUGUAGUUCCAAUUAUUUCAGCUGUGGAUAUAAGAAGUACUAAAAAAAAUAUGUUAAAUGAUGUAUAAUAUAGGCUACACUCAAUAUCUAGCAUUCUUAAUAUAUCAGGUGUCAAAUCAAAAUCAUUUGGAUAGUGAGAAAAUGUUUUGUUCUGUUGUGAACUGCACACCUGAGUCUUUAUUAGUCUUAAAUGGCCACUUUCAGAAUGGGAAGGCAAAUCAUACAUUUUAUUUCUUUGAUAUGUCUUUCCUAUGGCAAGCCAAAUUAACAAAGAAAUCUCAAAAUGCAUUUUAAGAUAUUUUUCAAUGGCAUACAGAUACCAAUAUCUAUUUUAAAAUCAUUUCAAAAUAACCUAAUGAAAUCCAUUGUACUAUGAGAUAUACAAGUCAAAAUGACUGCCUGUUUUUAGUAGUUCUUUCAUUUUUAGGAUAUUUUUUUUAUUGACCAGGAAGCUAUUUUAAAAUAUCUCAACAUGCAUUUGAUAUAUCAUGAUAUAAGAACAUAAGAUUUUUUUUUGAUGAAAAGAGAUCAAAACAACAUAACUCAUCAAAUCCCAGAUAAUCUACAUUUGCAAAAUAUCAUCUAGUUGUGUUUUGAUGGUUGCUAAAGUACUACUACCUAUUUUACUAGUCGACAUAUAUAUACAUUUAUUCGACAUAUACAAGUAUAUGGUUCCAAAUGCAAGGAAGAACAUUAACAGCUUGUGGGAAGUUUCACAUUAACCAGCUUCCAUCUGUGCCCAGUUGUACUCGUUGAUGAGGGAAUUUUGAGGUAAUAACUAGAAUACACUGUCCUAAUUCCCUUCAAUAUUUUGGACAUUUCUUUAAUGUCUUCUCUUAAAUUCUUCCUGCUUCAAUAUAAAGCCUUUAAUUCUAUCAAUAUUUCAUUGUAGCUUGUUUCCCUUAGUCGUAAAAUCAGUAUAGCUUCAUUCCUCUAGACACUUUUUGAUGCUGGUAUAUCUUUUUGUUGUAAAAUGUAAACCAGAACUAAACAUAAUAUUCCAGAUUUGACCUCUCUAGUGUGUCCUAUGGUUUAAGAAUAGACUCGUGUGAUUUAUUUUCUAGAUAUCAUGCUAUUUAAUGUA